GCUGCCCCCGGAGGAACCUGCCGCUGCGGCUAUAGCGCUGUCUGGAUGCAGCCGGGAAGCAGGCGGCGCCGCGCCGCCCAGUGUCUGCACCUAGAGUCCGGCUCGGGCCCCGCCCAUGCUCUCCAGCUGUCACUGCCGACCCGCCUCCGGGAGGCGGAGAGCUCAGCUCUCCGCACGGUGCACGCCCCUGCCGCAGCCCUUCCACUCCCUUUACAGCCCACCGACUCCCUCUACAACUCCGGCCGCCUGGGCCCGGGCGAACGGCCGCCGCGGCUCCCUCCAGCGGGCGGGCAUCUUUCUGCAAAGGGUGUGUCCCACCUCUUUUUCACCACAGCUGCUUACUGCCAUAAAAGAGGUGGGGUCAGAGGAAUACCUUCAGGAAGUCAGAUACUUCAUGGGUAUCCUUAUAAUCUGCCAUCUCACGCACUGCAACACAUUGUAUUCACAGGACAUCUGGACAUAAAGGAACAAGCUUGCAGUGAGCCAAAGAAAAGAAAAGGUGGCUGGCCUAAAGGGAAGAAAAGGAAACCUCCAAAGGAAUUUUCAGCUCCUCGUGCCCCUACAACAGGGUAUGUAAUAUUCUUGAAUGAGCAGAGAAUUAAAACGAAGGCCACACAUCCAGAUUUGCCUUUUACUGAAAUAACCAAGAUGCUGGCUGCUCAAUGGUCUCAACUUUCUCAAGCAGAAAAGCAAAAAUAUAUUAAAGAAGCAGAAAAGGAUAAGCAAAGAUAUAUGAAAGAAUUGAAAGCCUAUCAAGACUCUGAAGCCUAUCAAGCUUUCUUAGAGAGAAGAGCAGUUCACAAAGUGAAGACCCUGUGUGGAACAAUAUCUAUAGGAAGUAGAUCUGAGAAUGAAGCUCUUGCUUUGUCAACAGUAGAUAGAGAUGAAAGCAAUGACUUGUAUUGUCGGACAUGUAACCAGUUUUUCAGUUCUUUUCAUAACAAGAAAGAACACCUUAUGGGAAAGCAACACUUACAGAAUUUAACAGGAGAGUUUGAGAAAGAAACUGCUGAGUUCUCUAAACAUCAGAAACUGCAAGAAGAAAAGGAGGAAAAAGAUGAGUCAGAAGAAGAAAUUGACUCUACAGAUGUGUUUCAGUUUGGGGGCCUGACCUUCCAGAAGAACUUUGCGUCAUCUGAUUUUUGUUCUUUGCAGGAGUUUAUCUUCAGACUUCUGAAAUUUAAAGAGUUUGAACUUUGUGAACUAAAAAGAAGUUUGACAAAGGCGUAUGAAGAACAGGAAAGUUUAAAAAAGCAGUUGGAGGAUCUAAAGAAUCAGCAGCUGAAGUUGGAAAUGGAUUAUGCUUCCAUAAAGGCAUAUAGCGGUACUUUAGAAAAAGAGUUUGAAAAUUUAAAUAUGGUUCCAAUGCUGUUCCAGUUUCAUCUGCAAAUAGUGGAUACUACAACACAUGCAUAAAACAAUCUGACCUUGUUGUAGAAGAGUGGUUUCGUCAUUGAAGAACAUUGUAUCCUUUCAAACAAACAGCAGCUGGGAUUUACACCGUCUUGUUUAAUGGCUCUGAUGUCUUUAAGGGCUGAAGGAACCUUAGUCCAGAAACUAAUAUUCUCCUCCUCACCCCCAACCUCCUGUCAUCAGUUGUUUUGCUUUUGCAAUCCAAAUGUGAGCUUCAGAAAAAUGAAGGAGAACAUUCCAUAUAUUAAAUUCCAAAAACAAAAUUAAUUCAGCAUUGUAGUUUGGAUAUUCUUUCUUCAGUAUAUUUAAAAUAUCAAGUUACGUUUCCCACAGCAACUGUAAUUUGUACGGGUCUCAUUGAGAACAUGCAGUUAGCUACACAAGAUAUUAUAUAUGGUGGUAAAGUUUCUGCAUUCAUAUCAGCACACCCCAAUUCAGUGAAUUACUGUACUUAAGCAUAUGCCAAACUAUACAUGUGAGUAUUCCCAUUAAGAUCAAUGGGACUCAUCAUGCAUGGAGCUAGGCGUGUGCUUUAAAUACCUUGCUGAAUUGGAAUUAUGCAGUAUGGCAUAUGGAUGUAUGCAGUAUGUAACAGGAUCCUUAGGUUGGAAUUUCCCUACUUCUAAGCAAUUCAGAUCUUAACUACAAUGUUUUAUUAGAAUUUGUUUUGAUUAAAUUUAAUUUAUUGGUUGUUUUGAAAGAAAAGCACAAUGGGAGAACUAUGAGUGCAUGUUCAGAACAUUUGUGCAGUGUUCAAAAGAAUACACUGAACAUUUGCUUUGAUAACUGCUCAAAUUCAUAUAAAUGCAUUAUCUACAUGAGAUUCAAAUAAAAGUACUGAGUACAUUUAUCUGUAUGUCUACAGGUAUGUAUGUACACACAGAGAAAAAAAUACAGCUUUUACUGCAAUGUGCAGUUCUCCAAAUAAAAGCUUGUUUUGGAUUUUUUUUUUUUUAACAGAGAAAUUUAAGAUUUGAAAGAUGGGAAAAUUCUAACAAACAUCCAUCCCUCUUCCAUGAAUCUCUAACCAAGUCUUGUAUUAUUUUUAGGUAAUCUUCUGUGUUCAAAGGGUUUUCUUCAGAAACACACAAAAUAUGACUGGUAUUAAAUGAUUUACUGAAUAUAAUUAUUUUUGUUUAUGGCUGUUUUAUGGUAAACUCAGUCAUCUAAAACUAGUGGUUGUGUUUCAUAAACUGUUGUAUUAAAGUAAUAAAUUGCAGUCACUUUACAUUCUCCUUAACCCUGAAGCAUAAACCAAUAUACCCUUUCAGCUAGUGCUGUAAAUUAUACUCCUUUUGCUCUGAAGUUUGAAAAUAAAAAUAGCUAGGAUGGAAAAGAUGAGUGUGAUGAUACGUUCUUCUAGGUUCUUGCAAAAGUCUUUACCAGGAUGGCACAUAUAGGCUUUUGAGGGAAGAAUAAAUCAGGAAGCUUGUUUGGUCACAAUCACAGAGUUCCUGAUGGAUGGAAGGCUCAGCAUGUACAGUGUACAUCUUCUGGGCUCUUUUUUCGUGUUAUAUUCAGCAGAAAUAUUUGUGAAGCUUUGCUCCUAUAUAAACUUUUGGGGGGAGCGUGAGUUGAAGGAUAAUGCACUGUCAGGUUCUACUUUCAUAGGACUUGUAGAAAUUACUACAUGAUGGAAAACUGAAGGUACAACUUCUGGGAUGGAUUCUGCUCAUUGAAAACCCACAAGAACAUUUGAUGUGACAUGUAAAUAUGAAGCAUAAAAUUGUGAUUUGCCUUUAGCCCAGCUGUAAAGGUGAAAGGUGUUCUUUAAAAUCUACAUUAGAUGACGUUUUACUGGCAGAACUUUGCAAUUGCACCUUAUUGUAGAAAUGACUUCUAGCCAUAGGUAUCUGUAUUACUGGUUUUAAUGAUAAUCAUCUAUCAGAUUUUUCUUUCCUAACUAAAAUGAGGGUACUUCACCUGUUUCAGGGAUGUCCAAGAUUGAUUAGUUAAUGAACCCAGUGCUUCAAAAUUCCUGCUCAUAUGGUAAUACCAUUUUGAUGUCAAAGUGAUUACUCACAAGAGUAAUGGCUGUUCCUAUAAGUAAGGGGUUUUCAGGAUAAACACCGAGUAGAAAUACUUUUAUUAAUUUUAUAAUGUAAUAAUACUCAUUCCCUUUAUUAAAAUUGUUUUUAUAGAUCUGAUCUGGAGCAUUGACGAUGUACUGAUAUUAUAGCCCUUACUCACAUGAGUAUUCCUGCUUGGUAAGGGCUACUAUAUUUGCCCUGUGUAUGAGCACACUGUUAAAUUAUACCAGAAAAAUGAUAUUGUGUUAGCAGUAACAUUAUAGAAUAGGGGGGAAUCUAGUAUACUGUAUAUUAAAAUGUUUCUGUAAUAAAAGGUCUAUUUUUCUGAUAGACCUGGUCAAAAAAUGAGAUGCAAUUUUCAUAACAUUGACAAAAAAUUCAUCCUGCAGCUUUUCAUUGGAAUUUCUUUGAAAAAAUUCAUCAAAAUGGUGAAUUUUGAAAAAGUUUGACCAUUUCUGCAUAUGAUGGGUGAGACACAUAAUAUUGGAGGCUGAUACCAUCUCCUUAUUUAAUUGCAAGGGGUGUGUGUAGAGUCUUCCAGCAUAGCUCUGGACAUUCAGUUCUAAUUCUGAGUCAUAUACUUUAAUUGAAUUUAAAAAGCAGCAUGAUCCUCAACCAAUAACAAAGGGUUACUGUGUAAGAUCACUACUGCAAGGAGCUGAGCCCUCUAAAACCCCAGUGACUUCUGUGCAAGCUGGAGAUGGUCAAUACCUAUUGGGAGAUAGUCAGCACCUUGCAGGAUUGGGGACUGAGAUCUCAAAUUGACAUCAGGGAUUGUUUCCUAUUAAAAUACUGUUUUAGAAACAAAGCACCUUUAAUAUUGCAUAAUUUGACAACAUCAUUUGCCUUGAGUUCAAAAUGCAAUCCUUCUUCUGAUACAAAAACAGAAGAUUAAGAUGAGAAAGGACAAGUCCUCAUCUUAGUUUUGCUCCCCUGCCCUUUGGACAGGAAACCUGCCCAAUAACUCCAUCCUGUGACUCUUCUUAUUUAUUUGUGCCCCAUUCAGUAGGUAUAACGUGGUCUUUGACAGAAAAGCAAAAAGACCUUUUUCCUGCCCCAAGAUGUCUACAAUAUAAUUAUCCAUUCAAAUGUAAUUACAGAAUGGCUAAAUUAUUCUUAAACAAUCCCACUGUGUUUUCUGAUAGACUCUUCCAUAUGCAAAUAACCAUACUACAUUGAGUUCAUGGGGGAAAAUAAUGGUAUGGGCGACAGAGCAGCUGGCUAGGACCUAAAAGAAAAGAGAGCAGCUACCUCCACUCAUACAUAAGGGGUUUUAUUUGGCCUAAUUGAGGUGGUGUACUAGUAGGACUUAGUCCAUGUGUGAAUUGUUUGUACUUUACUUUCAUUCUUUAGACAGUUCAGUGUAAUGACUUUUCCCCAGAGUCUUUCCUCUAUUAUGGGUUUUAUUUCCCAAUAGAGGCUUUUUCAAGCAAAGUUUUAUCUCCAAGGUUAAUGCUGGAGGAGGUUUUUCCUUGGGAUGGGCCAAAAAGGUUGAGGUUUUGGAGCAGGGAAUGAAGAAGUUGAGAGAACCCAGUUAAAUCUUCCAGGAGGGGGUUCCUGUGUGUCUGGAAAACCCUCUUUUAUUGAGAAUCUGAACUGAAUAUGCUGGAAGUAGAGGAAUUUAGGAUGCAAUAUUUUGUGAGUUUGUAUUACUAACUCUCUCUCUCCGUGCAUAAUAAACACUUGUGCAUUGAUUGAUCAUUUUUUCUUUGGAGACUAUUUAAUUUUCCUCCAUAACAAAAUACCCUACACUCAAACCUCCACAUCUCACCUUCUGAGGCCGUCCCCUCGUUUUUUAAAUAAAAAAAAGAUGUAAAAGUUCAGUGCAUCACACAAAUUUGUUGCUUGUGUUUUUGAUUGUUCAUAUGAUGUAUUCCAUGUGUUUUGCAGAUAUUUAGAUUGUUCUUCUUUGGUCAAGAACCCUGUCUUUCUGAUUGUUCUGUAAGAUACCCCAGUCCAAAACAGUAAUCCAUUCAAAUGGCAUGGUGGCAUCAUCAGAUAAAAUUUCUUAUGUAAGUAUUAUCUCUGUUCUAGAAUGAAGGAAUCUGCUGUUUUAAUUUGAUAACUUUAAAGAGAGAAAUUUAUAUUUUUAAUGGAAGAAAAGGUCCCUCUAUUGUAAACAUUAACUCAUAGCAUGCAUGUAAAUAUUAAACAGCUUUAUUAUAGGGGUGAAAAAGGGAUGUGAAUUAUCCAUACUUUAUAUAAAUAAGAGACUGUAGGUACUUAUUCUGUCAGGGUCAGAUUACUUUUAAAAUGCAGUAAAAUAUUAUUGAUA